AUGACUUCACGCCCGCCUGCGCUCCCGCCUCCCUCGUCCGCCUCUGCCUCUGCCUCGCUCUCAGCCUCCCCCGCCAGCGACUCGUUUGCCUACAGCAGCAGCCCCAAUCCCAACGCCCUCAGCCUCAGCCUCAGCCUCCGCGACGACUCGCCCAGGACUCGCCCCAAGAGCCCCGCCGUCGAUGCCCUCCAACAGCACCGGCCCGCACUAGUCUCUCGCGCCUCCGACUCUUCCUCCAAGACGCUCCAACCCCGCCAUCACAUCCGCAACAAGUCGAGCAGCCUCGUUCCCACGCUUUCCACGCUCAACGUCGGCACCGCUCCCAAGCCCCGCCAAUCGCCCACCAUGGCCUCGUCGCACACUGGCGCCACGUCCUCUGGCGCUGCCGACCUGCUCAGGCAGGCCAUGACCCGGUAA